AAGAAUUUUACCAGUAUUAUCUGUAGGAUGCAUACUGUUUGCUCGUCUUAGGGUCCUGUUUUAGAUUUAACUUUUGACUAUGAAGGAAGAAGUCCCAGACAAGAGUAGAAAAAUUGAAAAACACAGAGAUUGACUAGUUAUCAAGGAAGAAUAACCAACAUCACGAGAAAAUUAAUAAAGAAAAAAAAUUAUCAUAGUCAACAAAGAACAACGAGCAAACCAAGAUGGAAAAAUUUUCAAAUUCUUUACUCUAGAAGCUGGUGCUGAUCUUUUUGUUUUGAGUAAGUUUGUACUUCUGGGUUUUGCUUUUUUAAGCCUGAAAGUUUGAAUCUUUGCAAUUGUGCACUGUUGUAGAGAAAAGGGUUGGGCUGAAUUUCAGACAAGGCGCUUGAAGCUGAAGAAGGGUUUCUGUUUUGAGUUGAGAUUAGAAAAUUAUGGAAUUUUGACUAGUUCUUUUAUUUUAUUAGUUUGAAUUUCGUGUUUCUUACGGUAGGGGAUUUUGGUUCCCAUGCGGGCACAAAUUAUUUGGUUUUUAUAGCAAGUUAUUUUGAGUUGGGGUUUUCUUUGUAGAUGAUAUAGAAUGUGGGUUUUGGUGUUUGAUGGAUUCUGAUUAGUUAUUAGAAUUUUGGCGGUUCCGAGUAAUUUGUUGGAAUCAGAAUUUUGGCAUUAAGGGGGGUGAAUCAUGCUCAAACAGAUUCUAAGUAAGCUUCCUCGGAAGUCGUCCAAGACAGCUGAUACUCGUGAAAAUGGUGUAAACCAUACUACUUAUUCUAGUGUUUCUGCUGGCUUGAGGAGCAGUGAUUUAGGAACGGGCAAGUCGGGAAAUUUGAGUGUUUCAUCUUUUCCAGUACCUAAUUCUAUGGUGGAUGUUGGAUGGAAAGUUGCAAAUUUGAAGCCCAAUGGGAACCAUGUGUUCUCUGCUUAUGAAGCAUUGCCUGCUUUCAAAGAUGUUCCAGCUUUGGAGAAGCAGAACUUAUUCAUAAAAAAGCUUAACUUGUGUUGUGUUGUAUUUGAUUUCACCGAACCCACCAAGCUCAAAGAAAAGGAGAUCAAGCGACAGACAUUGUUAGAGCUCGUGGAAUAUGUGACUUCUGCAAGUGGGAAAUUUUCUGAUGGUGCUCUGCAAGAAAUUGUUAAAAUGAUAUCAGCAAACUUAUUUAGGAGCCUUAGUCCUCAACCACGUGAGAAUAAAGUUGUAGAAGGCCUUGAUUUGGAAGAGGAGGAACCUACAAUGGAUCCAGCUUGGCUGCACUUGCAAAUUGUGUAUGAGUUUCUUUUGAGGUUUGUAGCCUCACCUGAGACUGAUGCAAAAUUGUCCAAAAGAUAUGUUGAUCAAUCCUUCAUCAUCAAGUUGCUUGACUUAUUUGAUUCUGAAGAUCCUAGAGAAAGGGAAUAUUUGAAAACAAUUCUUCAUCGAAUCUAUGGCAAAUUCAUGGUGCAUCGACCGUUCAUUAGGAAAGCUAUAAACAACAUUUUUUUCCGCUUUAUUUUUGAGACUGAGAAACAUAAUGGGAUUGCUGAACUUGUAGAAAUUUUGGGCAGUAUUAUUAAUGGGUUUGCACUGCCACUGAAAGAAGAACAUAAAGUGUUCCUUGUUCGGGCGCUAAUUCCCUUGCAUAAACCAAAAUGCUUAGCAAUGUAUCAUCAGCAGUUAUCUUACUGCAUUACGCAGUUUGUGGAGAAAGACUGCAAGCUUGCUGAUACUGUCAUUAGGGGGUUAUUAAAGUUCUGGCCCAUUACAAAUAGUUCAAAGGAAGUCAUGUUCCUAAAUGAAUUGGAGGAAGUUUUAGAAGCAACUCAGCCACCAGAAUUCCAGUGCUGCAUGGUGCCUUUGUUUUGUCAAAUUGCUCAUUGUUUGAACAGUCUGCACUUUCAGGUAGCUGAGCGAGCCUUGUUUUUGUGGAAUAUCGAUCACAUUGAGAACUUAAUUAUUCAAAACCGCAAGGUUAUAUUGCCCAUUAUUUUACCUGCCUUGGAGAAAAAUGCUAGAAAUCACUGGAAUCAGGCUGUACAUAGCUUGACUUUAAAUGUGCGCAAAAUCUUCUAUGAUCUUGAUCCAGAGCUGUUCAAGGAAUGCUUGCUUAAGUUUGAGGAAGACGAAUCAAAGGAAAAUGAGAUUGAAGUGAGACGUGAAACUACAUGGAAGCGCUUGGAAGAACUUGCUGAAAAGAAAGCUUCUGGUAGCGAAGCAGUGCUCAUUCCCCACAAAGCAAACGCUAAUGGCUCAUCAGGUUAGAGAUAGAGACAGAUUUAUUGGUAGUUUAAGAGUAUCAGAUUUUCUAUUGGGAUGAAGUGAUAGCCUUUUCUGGGUGGUGGAAUAUUGUCAAUUUCUUGCCUAUUAUAAAGAAGGAAUCUGAGAUUGCUGUAUGGUAGGUUCCAUCCGAUUAGCAAAGGCUAAUAAAACAUUUUUUUUGCUAAAUUAAUCUAUAUAUUCUUGAACUUGUCCUAUUCAUAUACUUCUUCUUGGUUAGCAUUUGAAUUUACUUGAUUGAUUAUGUUAUCAUGACUCAUGAGCAUAAGUUGGAAGCAUCGUAGCUCAGUUUAGAGAAAGCUGUGUGACUACUUACCACUGGCCAGUUGACAACUGACAGGUUUAUGCUUGAACAAGUCAAAAUGCAACUGCUCCAUUUUGCUUCCUGUAUUGGGUUUUCGACAUCUUUAGGCAGCUGCAAGUGCUAGUGCUGCUACUACUAUUACUACUACACAAAAGGGUUAGCUGAUUAUUGCAAAUCAUUAAAGCAGCCAUCUCCAUCUUUGGCAUGAAAAAUUUUCAUACGGCAUUCCCGUCAUUGUCAGGGAAUUUUUAGAAUAGCAACCAGGUUUUUUUUUUAAUGACUCUCUGCAAAUUACUGUAUGGACUGAAAAAUGGUGGUAAGAGAGUUAUUAAUUCCUCAAUCCGCAGCCUGAUAACGUCAGAUUUACAUACAUCACUUGCCUCCCGGCCCCUGGUUCUGCUCGACCCUAGUUGGGCCUCUUCCACCAGCAGUCGAUAAAACUUUACAAGUGCGUGGAGUGAACGCUCCAAUUACUCCUGCUGACCUGACACACACCGCGUCAACCCCACCUGGGCGGGAAUAAUCUCUCCCUAUCACCAGGCAGCAGAUUGAGGGCUCUAUUCAUGCUUUUAUUGUUUGCUUGUGGAAGAUAAAUU